AUGGGUCUUCGAAAGCUCCUCUUCCCUGCAGCCCUCUGGUUAGGUGUCGUCAAUGCCCAAAGCAUUCCAUCCGGAGCAAUUUCCUCUCAUAUCGCAUCUUCUGGAUUUCCAACCUCUGUCUUUUCAUCUUAUUGGGUCAAGCCUGUCGCUACAGCAGAACCUCAGCCAGCACUUUACGACCCUGUGUUGAAUAUUACUUUUCCUCUGAACCUAACAGAUCCUGACACAAUCUCGGACAAGAGCAACGACCCCGUCUCGUAUCCUUCGCCCAUUGCCAACUUGACUUCUACUGGAAAGCAAGCUGUGCUUGACAGCAUUAUCUCUCAGGUCAAGGAGAUCAUUGGUAGCGAGCAGCUCACCACCAAUUGCUCGAAAUGUAUUGCUAGCUUGACUGUAGCAAAGUCGGCCGCUCAAUUGGCCCCGGAACUCAUACCGGAUACCAUGGUUUCUUUGUGUAAGAAAUACAAGUUUCAGUCGAACGAGACUUGUGAGGAGAACUACGAGGCUACUACUUUUGGCGCUAUCUGGACUCAGAUCUUGGCUUUGUCCGAUGUUGCUGGUUUGGAUGGCCAAUACAUCUGCAAUCGCUUAUCGAGUACGUUCUGCUCCUUCCCUAAGACGAGCCCGCUGAACACGACGGGCCUCUUUAAAAAGCCAAAGCCAACCAACUACACGAUACCAAAGGCUAGCGGUGAACGUAUCAAGGUUCUCCACAUGUCUGACAUCCAUCUGGAUCCUCGGUAUGCUGUUGGAAGCGAGGCCAAUUGCACAUCUUCUUUGUGUUGCCGUGCUAACAACUUUAACACUGCUCUCCCGACGGGUGAAAUCUCGCUUCCAGCUCCGUACUAUGGCGACUUCAAAUGUGACAGUCCGUAUGGUUUGGUUCUGGCAGCAUUGGACUCUAUUGCACCUCUGACUGGUACUAAUCAGAAGGACCCGUUCGGCUUCAGUAUCUAUACUGGUGAUCUUGUCAGUCAUGAGGGCCAGCAAGAACUCUCCAGAGAGUACGUCGAGUAUGCAGAACUGUCAAUCUAUGACAUGCUCAAAAAGUUCUUGCACAAGACUCCUGUCUACGCCGUCCUCGGAAACCACGAUACCAAUCCUGAAGCUAUAGAUGCACCUCACAGUCUUCCUGGUGACCUUGGUAUGCAAAUGUCCUGGAACUUUGAUCAUGUCGCCGGACUGUGGCAGGAAGAGGGCUGGCUCAACUCGACUGCCGCAAAUCAAGCUCGUCUUCAUUACGGUGCUUACUCUGUCAAGACUCCUCAAGGUCUUCGUGUUAUCACCUUCAACACCGAUUUCUGGUACCGAUCCAACUACCUCAACCUGAUUGACACCAUUAACCCUGACAAGUCUGGCAUGUUCGCUUGGAUGAUUGAAGAACUUCAACGUGCCGAAGAUGCUGGAGAGAGAGUCUGGAUCCUUGGACAUGUCCUCAGUGGUUGGGAUGGCACGAACCCUAUGCCUAAUCCUACAGAUCUAUUCUAUCAGAUCAUCGACCGCUACUCACCUCAUGUCAUCGCCAAUGUCUUCUUUGGUCAUACUCAUGAGGACUUUGCAUAUGUGUACUAUGCCAACAAUGGUACUAACCAAUCUGCCGGUAACGCCUUGAACACCGCUUGGGUUGGCCCUAGUAUAACUCCGCUUACGAAUGUCAACUCCGCCUUCCGAAGCUAUGAAGUUGACACCGGCGAUUGGAAUAUUUACGAAGCCUACACAUUCUACUCUGAUGUGGAAUCGUUCUCUUCUCUCAACACCACGGGUCCAACGUUCCAGUUUGAGUACAACACGAGGGAUACCUAUGGACCUAGCAUCAAUUGGCCUGCAGAAUCUCCUCUGAAUGCAACAUUCUGGCACUUGGUCUCGGAGCAGAUUGAGAAGAACACGACACUGGCCAGUACCUUCAAUACAUACCAAGGAAAGAGCAGUGUGAAGAGUCCCAACUGUACAAACAUUGCUUGUGCGAAGGCCAAGGCAUGUUAUAUGCGUAGUGGAAGUGUUGCAUUAGGAUCGCAGUGUCCUCAAGGCUACGGAAGUGUACAAAGUCCUUUCAAGCCAGCCUCCUGA